UCUGUAACGGCUCCCAGCCUUGAAAAGAACAUCCUGUUACCAGACCUGAGGAUACGGAAACAUUAAUUACAUAAUUUACAGUAGUGCUUUCUUCUACAAUGUCUGAAGAAGUGACCUACGCGACACUCUCAUUUCAAAACUCUGUGGAAGCAGGAAAUAUCAGGGAUGGAAAUAAUCUAAGAAAAAGAGGUCGUCCGGCCCCGUUACCCGUAUGGCAUCAGGCUUUCCUGAGUUUGUUAGCUCUUUGUCUGAUGCUGCUGAUUGGGCUGGUGACGCUGGGGAUUAUGUAUUUGCAGAUAUCUAAUGAAAUUAACUCAGAUUCAGAGAAAUUGAGUCAACUUCAGAAAACUGUUUACCAACAGCAGAAUAACUCAUCCCAACAACCGGGCAUCUACAGGAACUUCUCCACAGAGGAAGAAUUUCUCAAGUCACAGAUCUCCAGCCUAUUGAGGAAGCAGGGUCAAAUGGCCAUCAGACUCUGCCAACAGCUUAUCACUCACAAUUCAGACCACAAAUGUAAUCCUUGUCCUAAGAUGUGGCAAUGGUACCAAAACAGCUGCUAUUAUUUUACAACCAAUGAAGAGAAAACCUGGGUUAACAGUAGAAAGGACUGCAUGGACAAGAACUCUACCUUGCUGAAGAUAGACAGCUUGGAAGAAAAGAAUUUUCUUAAAUCACAGCUGUUACCCAAGUUUUCUUUCUUCUGGCUGGGAUUAUCAUGGGACCCGUCUGGCAGAAGCUGGCUAUGGGAGGAUGGCUCUGCUCCUUCUGCAUCCUUACUUAGUACUAAACAUCUUACCCCGAUCAAUGGAUCCAAAGGAUGUGCUUACUUUCAAAAAGGCAGUAUUUAUGUUUCCCGCUGCAGUGCUGAAAUUUCUUGGAUUUGUGAGAAGACAGCUGACUUGGUAAAGACUGAAGAUUUGAAUUAAUUUUUUCUUUCCAAAUUCACCAAGAAAUAAGGGACUUGUGAUUAAGACCAUGUUAGGAAGGAGGAAGCUGCAGU